AUGGCGAAUCAGGGGAGUAUAGUUGCAAAGGAUCCGCAGCGAACUGAAGACAUAUCAGUUCGUACACAGACGAUCAUCUGGCCUGCUUCAACGUUUGUUACGACGUGGACUUUGGGAACAGGCUCUGACCCGACCGAAUCUCCGGCUACCGUUGUCCCUGCGCCAAAUUCGAGUUCAACGAACAAUGAAAAUGUCGGUCCUAUCCUCAGUGGUGUCGUGGUAUUAGUAGUAUUAAUACUAAUUUCCUGGUUUUGUUGUCGGCAGGGUGGCCCUAACGGUCGUAACUCGAAGCGCUCAAGUCGGCGGCAGGGAUCUAGUUAUACAAGCAAAGGCAGCUCUAGUAGUUCGGGGGCUUCAAACGCUUCAUCUCAGAACGACGCAAGUGUCGGGUCCGCAGCAAGCGAGAUAGUUGAAGACCAAUGGAACCAAGCAGCACCAGUGCCUGAAAGACCAAUACCGGGAAUGCCACCACCUGUUGCGGGACAAUGGCCUGCACAACAGCCCGGAGUUGGAAUGGGACAAAUGCCGCUGCCGCCACAUCCAGGUAUGAGUUUCUCACCAGGCCGCGGCGGGCCCCCGCCGAUGAUGGGACAGGGGUUACCGGGCCGAGGAGGUCCUCCGCCCAUAACGGGUCGCGGCGGAUUUCCUCCAGGAAAGGGAGUGGCGGUUCAUAAAGUCCUUUAG